AAAGAAAAAAAAAAAAAGAGAGGGUAUAAAUGCACUCUACACAGUACGGUACAGUAGUAAGUAUUACGUGUGUUAGAAACCAAACAGAUAGAAAGCUAACUUUUUUUUCAAGAGUUGGCCACAACACAACAAACAAAAUUGAUCCCAUCAAGACAGGAAGAGAAGGGAAGCUAGAAGAAGAAGAACACAAAGUUUGGUCUGGUUUGGUUUGGUCACUGGUCAGGUAGAGAAGGUAUGAAGCAGGAGGAUGUGACAUAUUUACCAGAGAUUAAAAACGACCAAGUUGCUCAACAAGAUUUUAAGAACUCCAAUUAUCUGUCCAUUUUGUUCUCAGAAGAUCGAGAUUUUCUGAUUUCUCCCACUGGGAAUCCGGUGAAAAUUUCUGAACUCCAAGGCAAAGUUGUUGGAGUGUACUUCUCAGCUAAUUGGUAUCCGCCAUGUCAAAAGUUCAAUCAGCUUUUGGUCAAUGCCUAUGAGCAUUUUAAGCUCACCAAUCAUCAUAACCGGAAUCCAGGGUUCGAGGUAGUUUUCGUGUCAUCCGAUGAAGAUUUGGAUGCAUUCAACAAUUUCCGGGCUGGCAUGCCUUGGCUGGCUAUCCCAUUCUCCGAUUUGAACACCAAGAAAACUUUGAAUCGCAUGUUUGAUGUAGAGGGAAUUCCCUGCCUUGUUAUUCUUCAACCUGACAGUAGUUACAAGGGCCGCGAUGGCCAUGGAAAUGGAAAUGGCGAGGGAGUGAUUCACGAAGGAGUCGACAUCCUCCAUCGCUAUGGAAUUCAAGCAAUUCCAUUCACUAAAGAUAGGUUACUGGAAUUGCAAGAAAUAGAGAGGGAGAAGCAUGAAAACCAGACGCUGACAAAUUUGCUGACAACCCAAAAUAGAGAUUUCUUAUUGAGUCAAUCUGCACCCCAACCGGUCCCUGUUGCUUCUUUAAAAGGGAAAACAGUUGGACUUUAUUUCUCAGCACAAUGGUGUUUACCUGGGGUCAAGUUCACUACCAAAUUAAUCCCCGUCUACCAAAAUAUCAAGCAAGUGAUCGCUGAAAAGGGGAAUCAAGACGAGGACUUUGAAAUCGUGUUCGUGUCUACUGACCGUGACCAGUCAUCCUUCGACUCUUUUUUCCAAACAAUGCCGUGGCUAGCGCUUCCCUUUGAUGACAUGAGCGUCAAGAGCCUAACCAAGCAUUUUAACAUCCAGUGGAUACCGAGUUUGAUCAUAUUAGGCCCGGAUGGCAAAACUGUGACUACAGAAGGAAGGAACCUGAUCAAUUUGUACAGAGAUAACGCUUACCCGUUCACAGAAGUACGGACAACAUUCCUUGAGCACCAAAUGGAUGAAGCAGCCAAAUGCUUGCCCAAAUGGCAGUCUCAUGCCAGACAUCGACACGAGCUUAUGUUAGUCUCGGAAGGGAGUGGUGGAGGCGCCUACAUUUGUUGUGACUGCGACGAGCAAGGGCUCGGAUGGGCUUACCAGUGCAUUGAAUGUGGCUAUGAGGUGCAUCCCAAGUGCAUUAAGCCAGUCACAGCAGCUGACCGAACUGUUUGAUGAUUUUGCCAAUUAGAUUUGGGGGUGUUUCUUCAGUGAUUCUCUGCUUUAUAAUGGCCCGGCAUUCACGUGAAUCGCGACUUUGCGAAUGCAGGAGUUUCUAUUCAGCGGCCGGGAUGCUUUCUAUAUUAGUUCCUAAUGGUACAAAUCACCGUAAGAACUUGAUUAAUUGAUAUACUAGACAUUAUGCUUUAAUUAGGGGAUCCAAUGUAAGGCAUUACAGUACCCUAUGUGUCUUAUCGCUGGUGCCGCAGAAAGCUUUAUGGUAGAUUUGUUUUCCUUCAUUUUAAAGGAAGGUUCUCCACGUACGUAACUCUGACUUUAUGUUUAGAUGGAUUUUAGUAGUAGUUAACUGCUAAAUUUUAGAAUCACAAUAAAAGAUAAUUCCAAAUGGCC